AUGGCAGCCCCCCAGCCCCGUCAGCUCCUCUGCCUGACCAUGCUCGGCUACAUGAAGGAAGGUCUCGACGAGGAGGCCCUCUGCGACUUCCAGGUGAACAAGCACGCGCGGCUAGUCAGCGGGCUGAUGGAGAAGUACGGCAUCGUCCGCUACACCAUCACGCACAACUCGAAGAAGACGCGUGCGAUGCUGCCCAAGCUCUUCGACCCGCGCUACGUCGAGUACUCGGACCACGACUUCGUCGUGCGCAUCAUCUUCCCCAGCCUCGAGGCCUUCGAGAAGGUCAAGCAGGACCCCUUCUACAUGGAGCGCAUCGCCACCGACCACCUCAACUUUGCGGACCGCAACAAGAAGACUCGCAUGACGCUUGGAUACGUCCACGAGAUCAUUCACGAGGGCAAGGUUGUCGAGGUGGAGAACCCGGACGCGAUUGCUUGCGCGGUGAACAAUGCGGAGCUGAAUGACAAGGGAACGUUUGAGAAGCAGAAUGCAGUUGAGAACGGGGCGUAG